AUGCCUAGUUUUUCACUUGGACUUGGUCUUGGUCUAACACAAGAGUUUCAGGAAGGAGAUGAAAGCAGUGAAGAUGAACAAGAGAAGAAAGAAAGAAAAGAUGAAAAACUUGAUGAAGAAGAAAGUUAUGAUUCAAAAGAAACAAAAUGUGACAAUAAUAUCUUGGGAAUUAAAGAUCAUCAAGAGGGAAAAAGAUAUGUAGGAAAAAGAUUAAAAAAACCAUCACUGAAGGUAUCUUCUCUUUAUAAUCAAAAAGAGGUUUGUGCAUCGAAAUUUGUAGAUCCAGAUGAAGUAAAAGUAUCAGAUAGAAUUUUUUCCCGAAUUGGUAAUAGAUGUGAGAAGAUAUUUCAAACUAAGAGAGGUUAUGUGCUUGGAAUAGGAAUAAUUGAAACCAUGCAGACAGGAUUAUGGAUACAUGCAGAUGUCAUUGAUGCUUGGAUUGAUGUUUUGAACUAUGAAGAAAAGCUCAAAUCAAAUUCUGCAGUGAAUCGGUAUUUCUUUGAUACAUCAAUGGUGAGACAGUUCAUAUUUGACAAAAAUAUCCCUUUCAUUGAAAGAUCUGAUAAAUUUGAGUCAAAUAUCAAAGAUGAAAUGAAAAAGGACAAAGAAAUUCUGACAUUUGAAAAAGUUCACUUGAAAAAUGACUUUUACAUCAUCUGCAUAAACUUAAAGGAACCAGCGGUUAAUGUCAUUGACAAUAUGAAUUCAAUUGCAAAGUUUUCUAGAGCUUAUCGUGAUGCACCUAAUGAAUUGAAAAUACUUUUUAGUAGGUACUUGAUGAAGGUCAAUCACAAAUCAGCUUUAAUUUUGGAGGGUGUUGAACCAGAAAGGGUGAACAUGAAUUGGCGCACGAGGGAUAAUCAUAUUGACUGUGAAGUUUUUUGCAUGCGUCAUAUGGAGACAUAUAUGUGA